AUGUCAGGCAAGUGGAUAGGACACUUUGAAGAGGAGCCCAUCUUCCGGGAGUUUGAAACUCGAAUAAACUUGCUGCAGUUCUGCCUGUCGAUCAUCACGGUGAUCCUAUGGAUAUACAAGACGUACAUGUUCCGGGUGUUCUGGCUGGAAUUCGUCAUCAACAUAUUCUACAUGUUCGCCCAUUUGCUGGAUGCUGCUAGAUACCAGUUCGACCCGAUGCACACGUUUUCCUCCCGCAGCUUGAUAGACGUUUUCACCGUGGUCCCACUCUUCCUACAGGAAGGCGGCUUCUCCUACUGCGGGGAUCUAUGCCCCCGCCCUUCUUGGGUCACGUUCUCCUACAUUCGAGCAGUGAGGGUACUAUUCACGUGGAGAGAGAUUGAGAAUUCCAGCAUUAUGUCCGAGAUGGAGGAGUUUACACGAGCUAUGAUCAGAAGUUUGAUCAAAUUCAUUGUUAUUGUCAUCUUCUUUGCUGGGACUAUGUUUGUGUUUGAAACUCUCGGUGAAGAAUGGCAUCUUGCUCCCCUCCUUCUCUCUGAUCUCCUUCAAGGGGACCUGCCCGGAGGUAGCGACAAGGAGCUGUCAACGGGCAUGGGGAGCACCUCCUUCAUGACCAUGUGCUACUACACGUUCGUGACGAUCUCAACUGUCGGGUACGGCGAUUACGCGCCGUCGACCGUCCUUGGACGGCUCUUUGUGAUCGCAGUGAUUCUUGGUGGCGUCUUGUUCUUCUCCAUUGAGACCGGCACCAUAAUGGCCAUUGCUAAGCUGUCGGCGACUGGAAAGGGAAAGUUCACGCCGAGAAACCCGAAGGCCAAGCACGUGCUGGUCAUCGGGGGAGGGGUGGUCAGCGGCUCGAUCAGUGUGCUGGAAUCCUUCUUGCUGUCCCUCGUCAGCUCGUCACAUGGUGAUAAGGUGCCGGAGGUGGUCCUGAUGGCCCCUAAAGGACCGGAGGAGGAGAUGGUGGCCCUGCUGAACACAAGGUGGGCGACCAGGGCGAAUAUCAAGUACCUGUGGGGGAGCCCGGCCUCUGUGGCAGACUUGGAGAGGGCAAGGAUCAGCAACGUCGAGAUCUGUUUCGUGCUCGCCGACCUCAACAACCACCCGAUGCGGGAGGAUCUGCAGAACAUCGUGAGAGCAGCUGCUGUAUACCGUAUCUACAAGACUCCCAUGCUAGUGAUGAUGAUGGAAGCCAAGCACAUCAAGUACGCAGUGCAGGCUGGCAUCCCAGAGAGUAUGUGCUGCGGGCUGGACGAUCUCGAGAUCUCGACCAUCGCUUCCUCCUGCCAGUGUGUUGGGCUCAGCACCAUGAUCAUCAACCUUGCCUUGCCAGACAUCGAAGGGCUGGACGAGUACGAGCCGCAAGAUGCUUGGCUCGAGGAGUACAUGGACGGGGCCAGCAAAGAGCUCUAUGGUUUGCAGCUGCGGGAGUCUUACACGGGGAAGGACUUCUGCCAGACUGCUCGAGAAGUCUACGAGGAUUGCGGUGUGAUGCUGAUAGCUGCGCAAGAUCGAGACGGGCAGGUUGUGAUGAAUCCUGGGAGUCGGUUCAUCGUGCAGGACUCGACCGUGUUCUUCUGCAUCGCCAACGAUGAGGAUUCGUUGGAGAGCAUCCGGAGGCACGAGGGGAGGGAUUGGCUGAUAGCAUACGAGAACAACAGGAACGCGGCGAUCGAGCAGGUUCAGACUGAGAGGCGGCGCAUCGCAGCGACCAUGUCUCGGCCAGCGCUUCUCGCCCUGUCGGAGCUCAACGACGUCGGGAACGAGAUGGGAAACUUCGGGGCUGAUGGCGAGGAGGAUGACAGAAAGACGGCUUACAUAUCCAGAACCCGUAGCGUUGCCAAGAGCACUGCUACCAGUAAGAGGGGGGGGGCGAUGCCUGUCGGAGUUGUGGGUCGCGCUGGGAUCCCGAGAGGAGGUGCUAUGGGUCGACUCGGGUACCCGCGGAUCAAGAAGGAGGAGAAGAAGCAAAAGCCGGUCCAACCACUUCCCAGUGGCUCCGAUGCAUUGUUUGAGGAAGAGGAGUUUGUUUCACUUCCCCAGUGCCAGGAAGAGAUCGUGAAGAGGGGCAACCACAUCGUCAUCAUCGGGCUGGACAACACUGGCUCCCUCUUUCCUCAGAUCACCUCCACUGUUCGCCAGCUACGUACCCAGGUUCUUCCCACUCCCAUGACCUCCAUCCCCAUCACCAUCCUCUACGAGCGACCAGUCAGCUCAAAGAUCCUGGAGUUCUUAGCCGAGCACACAAAUGUCGUUUACAUCCAAGGCAGUCCGUUGAAGCUCCGCUCGCUGAUCAGGGCAGGGGUUGACAGGUGCGCGAAGCUACUUGUGAUCUCAGGGUCAGGAGCGUCGGGGGGGGGCGCGGAGACGAUUAUGAUGGAUCAGGACGCGAUUCUGCUGCAGUCGAUCUUCGAGUCGCAAUGCGCCUUGUGGUCCCACAUGCCCACCGUCAUCUGCGAGCUGCAGGUCCCUGCCAACAUCAAGCAGCUGUCGGAAGAUGUGCUGUCCAAGACCUCCGCAUCAGCCUCCAUUGAGGAGCUCAAUGUGAAAACGACGUUCUCGUCAAAGGGAACUCGAACUCACCUCCGCUAUGCGUCGGGGUUGAUCGUCCAUCGAGCUGAGUUCAGCUCGCUCUUUGCAGCAGCGUACUACACACCAGGAGUCUUGGAUCUGCUCAAAUCAAUGUGUAAGGCCCCCCAGAGCCCAUUCUCGUCCAUAGUCUGGAAGAUCCCAGCAAACAAGGAGAUCAUUGGCAAGACUUUCGCUCAGGUUUUCUCGGAGAUGAUUAAGAUCGAUGCCAUUCCCAUUGGAAUUUAUCGCCGUAUCAACCCCAAGAAAGGAAACACGUUGCCCAUCGUGUACACAUGCCCUGAUCCCUCCGCUAUCGUCGACUGCGGCGAUUGCGUCUACAUCAUGGCUUCGAUCGAUUGGUGCAAGUCGCAUGCCAUGUACACUGAGGGGAUCUUCGACACUCCGAGGGAGGAAGUGGAGAGAGAAGAGAUCCUCUUCAUCCCCAGGCUCUCUCAGAUCCACGAGGCCAAUGACGGGGAGGGGCGCGAUGAGCAGGCGCUGAAUCAACUCUCGAUCCAGCUGCAAGGCAUGGGUGAGGACGGAACUCUCCGCGAGCACGGAAAAUGUCCUCUAGGUCACCGAUUGAAGCCAAUCUGCACGCCAGAUGAAGGCUGGGCUUGCGACGAGUGCAGUCUCGACUCAGUCCCAGCAGGGACAUCCAUGUACGGAUGCAAGAAAUGGGUUUGCUGCAUGGAAUGCUACGAUACCCAUGACGUCUCCGAGUCACCUUACGAGCCCUCCAUCCCCACUCUCCCUAGGAACGACAUGUCUCGGAGGAACGCAAAGUAUUUGAGCGAUGACGACAGAAACUCCGACACAUAA